CUUGGGCGAUCGGACUCGCUCCAGUUCAUAGCUGCGCAACCCUAGCCGAGCUCCAUUACGCCAACAUGCCGUCCCUCGCUCUGCUCGCCGGCCUGUCCGGCAGCGCCGCCGCCUACCAGAACGUCCUCGGCGGUGAGCUGGAGCGCUGCUCGGGCGCCGGGAUGGCGCUCACCGGCUUCACCCGCAUCGGCAAAUGCGUUGACCGGAACGACGACGCCGGGAGCCACCACGUGUGCAUCGACAUGAAGAGCAACGUCGGCGGGAAUUUUUGCGAGGUGACGGGGCAGCCAAACUGGUGUGGGUCGCAGAUGCCGUGCGACGGAACGCCCGCCGACGAGUGCCCCGUCGAGCACUGGUGCGUCUGCCAGUGGGCGUUCGCGUCUUACAUCGAGCGGGCGGGUGGCUGCGACAAGAUCCAAAAGGUGGUGUGCGAGGCGACCAACAUGGUCGCACUGAAGCACUACCGCGAACAGGCGGCGCACAGCCCGCACAUCAAGAGCGCGCUCCAGUGCCUCGAGGAGAAGUGCGGCCUCGAGAAGGCCGCGCCUUCGAUCGGCGCAGUGGUGUAGGCGUUGCGCUCUUGUGUGUGUGCGUGCCGGGAGUGUGUCUUCUAUGUGUUGUGGUCCCCUCCUCUUUUGACUGCGGUAGUAGGGGUAACGCUUUAGCGGUGGGACACGGUCUGCGGUCUCUCUCCUCACAGUGACACCAGUGUAACUCCGCCCAAUACCGCAACGUCUAAAAGGACAUGAGUCGUG